CCCAACACCACAUCCAGUUCUCCGAAAACCCUAAUAAUUUCUCUCUCUCUUCUUCCCUUUUCAAAGCAAGAGAGUCCCCCAAGUCCUCCUCCAAUUCUCUUAAAACGCCAUGAUAAGACAGAGAAACCCAAGAACUCAAAUUUCAAGCCCACGCCUUACAAAGAAAGCAAAACAAGAAGAGGAAGAAGACAUGAUUGCCAACUUACCAGACGAUGUUCUUAGCCAUAUUCUCUCAUUGUUACCAACCAAACAUGCCGUGGCCACUACCGUGCUCUCCAAGAAAUGGACCAACCUAUGGACUUCUGCUUCCUUCUUCAAGCUCGACCUUGACGACAGACUAUUACUGCGCCCCAAAAGCCUCACAUCGAUGCCUAAUCACGCGUCCUUAUUUGCCAACUUCGUGAACCACGUCCUUGGCCUCAUCAAUUUGCCAUGCGUACAAAAAAUCACCUUCUUUUGCUCCGACUCUUACGAUUCGAAUCUCAUAAAUUCUUGGUUGCUUGUUGCAUGCACAUCCAACGUUGUUGAGGUCGACAUCAGAAUUCCUUACACUCAAAAUCCUAUCGAAUUGCCUCAAAUCUUGUAUGCUAGUAGGUCGCUUCGGGUACUAAAACUAAAUGCGAAUAUAAGGCUGGAUUUUCCUCCAGAUUGCGUGUGUUUUCCGAGCCUAAAGGUUCUUUGGAUAACAGUUUAUAACCAAGAUGGUAUUACGUUUACGCAAAAGCUUUUCCAUAUCUGCUUUGUGCUUGAAGAUUUGUUCAUGGAGAGUGACAUAUUGAACAAGGAAAGGGAAGUGGUUUUCACGGUAAAAUCGAAUACACUUAAGAGGUUGAAGAUUGAAUGCUUGGUGCAUAGUUUCGAUAUCGAGUAUAGCUUUGUGGUAGAUUGCCCAAACCUUGAGCACCUUGAUCUCUGCGAUGACUUCUUGGCCAAGUAUAAAAUCGCUACGGAUUUGAAGGUACUUGAUGAUGCAAAGAUUUGUAUUGGACUCCCUUCUGCAGAUUAUGGUGCCUUUGAACUUUAUUUCGAGGUAAAGCACUCUAACCGUGCUUUUGAGCUUCUUGAAGCACUCUCAAAUGUCAAGUCCUUAUUAUUGUCUGGAUGUACUACAGUGGCUGUCAGCUAUUCCUAUGAGACUGUGGAACACACUGAUUCUGAUGAAAAUGAAGAUGGAAUUGCACUACGGAUCCGCUUGAGAAAUUUCAUGCUCAAAUUUCCUUUCCUUAGGCGUUUGGAGCUGGGUUUCCGCACCAGUGAGAGCUGGAACAUAAUGACCUUAUUGCUACAUAGCUCGCCUAAUCAGCAGCAUCUUAUCUUGAGAAAGGAACUAAAUGGAUACUCUGUUGGUUAUAAAAGAUUUUCUUAUGGAAUGCCCAAAGGAUCGGUGCCGGAAUGUUUGUUGUGUCACCUUAAAGAAAUGGAGAUUUGGGGAUUUGAGGGGGUGAAAUAUGACUUGCCAAUGGUAGAGUUCUUUUUGGGGAAUGCAGAAAUCUUGCAAAAGAUGAAAAUUUAUGUCCACGAAUUAUCAUCAGAUGAAGAGAUUAUGCUCAGCGAGCAUGUGUUGGAAAUUCCAAAAGUUUCAGAAGCAUGUCAAGUGGAGAUAAAAUAUGAAUAUUAAAAGAAAAUUAGGGGUUGGGCGUCUUGUGAUCAAAAUUGGGUUUCCAAAGAAUCACUCCUAACUUACCCAAGAGCAAGCCUUUGCUUUGGAAAGUGCUCCAAUGCACCGGAGGUGAGCCAUGCUGAUACAAAAGGAUGCUAAAGUCUAUGCUAAGUUUGCCGCCAACUUUGGCUACAACAUUCAAAAGUUGGCAAAAAAAUGAAAAGGCAGUUCAAACCGAGCAAAUCAAAACCAACGCAAGAGAUUUAGUUUGAUUUUUACCCACAAAAAGUGUAAUUUGUGACCCAAUUGAACCAAACCGCUAUUUUAUUGUACGGUGGUCGAUUUGGUGACAGCUGCCGAAAUCGAACAAAACCAGCCAUACCAUCUUCUUUUUUUAUUUUUCUAUGACACAUUUCUUAGAAGUGUAUGCUUAA